UUCCUCCCCACGUGAAACGCAGUGUACAUGUGAGGAGCAGCGCACUCACAGCCAUUUCUCCUGAACUAUUAGGUUCACACACUUCAAAUUUAUUUCUUAUGAUUAUUAAUAAUCAAACUAUGGAGGCCGUAGAGGAGGACGCGCAGCUCGGCCUGGAGUCAGAGGAGGACAGCGAAUUAUCGGACAGUGAGCUUCAAGAAGCCUUCGCUAAAGGGUUGCUGAAACCAGGAAUGAACGUUAUGGUUGAAAAAUCCAAAAAGUUUGUCAACAAUGUGGAGGGUUUGAAACAGUGCCUUGCAGACUUCCGUAAGGACCUUCCCUGGGUGGAGAGGUUGGACCUCACCAACCUGCCGACUGAAGAUGUCCUUUCCAACGUUGAAGCAAAACCAACCAACGGAGAAGUAAAUGCAGAUGAUGAUUUCCAGAGGGAGAUGUAUUUUUAUCGUCAGGCUCAAGCUACAGUUCUAGAGGCAUUACCGUUACUACACAAGAAUGACAUAGCCACAAAGAGGCCUGAUGAUUACUUUGCAGAGAUGGCCAAGUCAGACCAGCACAUGCAGAAGAUCAGGAAAAAGCUGAUGGCCAAACAGGCCAUACUGGAAAGGUCUGAGAAGGCCAAGAAACUACGUGAGCAAAGGAAGUUUGGCAAGAAGGUCCAAAUUGAAGUGAUCCAGAAGAGACAGAAGGAGAAGAAGAAUAUGAUGUCAGCUGUGAAGAAAUACCAGAAAGGAAUGACUGACAAACUGGAGUUCUUGGAAGGAGACCAGAAGGCGGGGAAAGACUCUACUCAGGGUUCUAAAAAAGCCCCGAACAAAAAGGGUCCCAAUGCUAAGAGGAAAUUUAAGGACCAGAAGUUUGGUUUUGGUGGGAAGAAGAGUGGAAAGAAAUGGAACACCAAGGAGAGCUACGACGACGUUUCUGGUUUCCGAGCUAAAGUGGCGCACGGAAAGGUCGGCAAAGGAGGGAAGAAAGGCAAAGGAGGGAAAGGAGGCAAACAGAACAAACGUCCGGGCAAGUCUGUACGAAAGAAGAUGAAGGCUCGGUCGUAAAAAGUGACGGGUACUGGUCAAAAGGCUGGACUUGGAGACACUUGAAGGCCAAGACUUCACACUCUUGCUUCCUCAGUUUGGUCUUUUCUCACUUGAGGCAACAUUUAAGAGGCUCCUCUUGACCCUCUUACACAAUGCACCUGCCAUAAAAUCCAUCUGCUUCUACAUGGAAGAGCCCAUUCAGGCCUCAGUGGGAGCUGUCAUAUUACUAAGGAAGCUUUGAAGGACCCAGCUGAUCAGAAAAGUUCAGGGAAAACUAGGAACGGACCCAAAAGUGCGUAGUGUAAAGUUGUAUUACAGACUGUUUUUUCCCAAAGUGUAGUCGAGAUUUAUAUCUUCAGACACUGUAUUUUGUUUAUGAGCUGUCAAAGAGGUAUUUUAAUCGUCAACUUCCUGUGUGGUUUCUCUUUGUGCAUAUUCGAUGAGCUGGAUUUAAGGCCACACACUGCAAUUACACCAUACUAUCUACAUCAACAUUUACAGUGUGUGUGCUCUUAGGAGAAUUCUGUUUCAUUUUUUUUUUUUUUUUUCUUGCUCAGCUCCUUGACUUAUCUCUCCCAUGUGACAUGACAUUUUAUAAUAUUGAGCAGCUGUCAGUUUUGCCCUUUCUCAUUCAUUAAUAUGAUUAGUAUGUGUUGGCUAAGUGUGCUUUGUAUAGACCUGUGCAAAUGUUUCUUGCACUUGUGUUUUCCUUCGUUGGAAAUGUGAAAGGGCAGUUUCUGGCAGUGGCGUGGACGUUUAUAUGAUAAACAAAUAAAAGAUAAAAAUACGUGUUGAUUUUACACAGGUCUAUUGUUCGUUUUCGUUGCCCGUCACCUAGUUGGACGAUCGUAGAGCCGAUUCUUUGUGUUUGGUGACGUCCGUCUUGAAACGUUUGAAGUGAAAUCUGCCACUGGUGUCCACAGGGACCUGGGGAGAAGAAUUAGGAUCCAUUAG